ACCAGAAGGCGUCCAUCACUCUCCCACACCCUACUGGUACUGGUACUGGAAGAAGUUUUCCCCUCCGCCGCCGCCACCAAUCCGCCUCCGCCUCCGCCUCCGACUCUAGCCCUCGUCGGACACGGAGAGGGGAGGAGCUUCCAUACAUAUACUCCGGCGAGGCAGGGGAGAGUUCUCUUCAGGGAGAGGAGAGGGAGGGAUGGCGUGGACGCGCUACCACGCCUCCUCGACGCAUCCUCCUUCAAUCCCCGCUCGCCGUCGUCCCAAGUCCGGCGCCGACGAUGCCCCCUUUCCUCCAUGGGUCCUGCUCGACGACCGCGCAUACCUCGCCGGCGAAUCCAACCACACCACGGCCGUCUCCCGCACAAGGCACGGCGACCAGAUCCAAGCCACCUUCUUCCUCGCCGACCCGCCGCUCGUCUCCUACUUCGCCGUCUCGUGCGCCGCCGAGCUUGGCUGCGAGCCCAGGGUCCUCUACACAGAGGCCAACCUCGUCCUCCUCGUCUCGGUGCCCGGCGACCCCCGCAACGCCAUCGACCCCCGGAAGAACGACUUCUACGUCUACGAGGUGGACGACGACGCCGGCGCCGGCGGCGGCCCUCCCAAGGCCACACUGACGCUGCUUCCGCACCCCCCGCCCGACUUGUUCCCCUUCCCUCGGGACAGAUGCUACUACUUCCAUGACUGCCAGGUAGGACUCCUGCGCCACCGCAGGAACUCCGACGGCGGCGGCGGCGGCGGCUUUUAUCUUCGCCAGCACCGUCCCAGAGCCUAUGACGCCUACAUCGUCGCCGCGCUCUGUACACGGCUAACCUUCCCGGAGACGUUAGGCCUUUACACCUACGUCUCCGACACCGAGGUGUGGAGCAGCAAACCAGCCUCAUUCCCAGACGGCGGCAAACUGCCCCGAGCCGCCCUUCGAUGUGAUAUCACCAUCGGAGGAGAAGCCGGCACCAUGGCCUGGGUCGAUCUCAUGCGGGGUAUCAUCCUAUGUGAUGUGCUCCCACUCGACGACGACGCCAAGACGCUUCGCUACAUCCCUCUGCCGGACCCCAUCCGGCCAGACGACACCAUCGACGAAUCUGGAGGCAUGUACCGGGACGUCGCCGUCGUCGGCAGCCGCAUCAAGUAUGCUGAGGUGAAGAUGCACGUCAGGCCGGGCUCGGCCGGCCCGAAAGGCUCCUUCACCAUCGAUGGCUGGACCGCCGUCGUAUGGAGCAGGCCGGCCAAUUCCUUCAAGGAGUCGACCACCUGGGGCAAGGACCAUGAGGUCCAUGCUCACCAGGUCUCUUUCGUUGACGGCAAAAACAAGACGGCGCCAGGCUUUGAGUUGCUCCCGGCUGUGGUGGAUCACCAGGGCAACCCGCAGCCGACCUUGGUGGGGAUCCACGUUGGCCAUCCCAAGCUCAGCCUGAGCGUCGGUGACAACACCCUUUACUUGAUGGCCAAGGUCAACCGCUGGUACGACAAAGCAUGGGUGAUCGCUGUCGACAUGAAGAACAAGAGGCUGCGGGGAGUGGCCGAGUUUGGUGGAGCACCAAGGUGCUCGGCGUUUCUCCAUGCCUAUAGGCAAAGCAGGAUCUCGGAGCAUCUCAAUGUCUCCCAAGGUACAAAGAGUCACCUGAAACGACCAGGGAUGCCACUGCCACAUGGAAGCUCUCACAAGAAGCCAGAGAUCCCUCCACAUCAUGUGAUGCAUCACUGUCCCAGUGGACAAAACCCCAGGGCGACAUGGCCCACAUUUCCCGCACAGACUAUUGAUGAUGAGGAUUAUGAUGAUGAUGAACGGACAAGGAUGGCAGACGACAUGGACUUGGAAUAACUUAACUUAUGGUACAAAGAGUCACCUGAAACGACCAGGGAUGCUACUGCUACAUGGAAUCUCUCACAAGAAGCCCGAGAUCUCUCCGCAUCACUGUCCCAGUGUGGAGAAAACCCAAGGGUGAAGCAACCCAUGUUUUUCGGACAAAGUAUUGAUGAUGAUGAUGAUUGGGCAAGGUCAGGAGACGGCAUGGGAGUUGGGAUAUAACUUAAUUUAUGGUACCUAGCUAGCUCUUGUGUUGCAGGACAGUGCCCGGUGCCUAGAGUUAUUUAUCUGUCUCUUUUUGUUAUGUAGCUCUUUAGUUAGCACUCCCUCUGUUCACUUUUAUAAGACGUUGUAGACAUUUCAGACAGUUCUCAAAACAGUUCAAACUCAGCUGUCUGAAACGUCUUAUAAAAAAGAACGGAGGGAGUAGUUACUAGUCAGGAUGAAUAACAACAUUUUAAAUUUUGCUCUGAUGCCUUUAAUUUGGUCUUCUGUUUA